CAGUGCAGGCCAUUACAACACAACUGCUCUUACUGUUGGCCUUCGGUCUGAGACCAGGACAGUAUUUCUUUACUCUGAACCACCUGCUUCAACUUUAUUGGGAGCAGCCAGCCAGAACUGAAGCUUUGCCCUCUGGAGGAAACAUGGAUAUUUAACUGCUUCAAGUGAGAGUAUCUGUAGAGCUGCGGCCUCUAAACGGCCAUCAUGGGCAAUGUGAUGAGGCAGGAAAAGACAAACCCAGAGCCUAACAACUUUGACACCAUGUUUAAAGACUGUGACAGUCUUGUGGUGCUCACUGAUUACCCAUGUCGAGACAUUAGUGAACCAAUCUUUAGGAUAGGGGACAAACUCAAAGGUCUCUCUGAAGAUGGUUGCUGGUGGAAAGUCCGUUCUCUUCAAACAGGAACUGAGAAUUACAUUCCAAGUAAUUAUGUGGCAAAGGUUUAUCAUGGAUGGCUGUUUGAGGGGAUUAGCAGACAGAAGGCAGAAGAGCUUUUGUCAUUGCCUGGUAACGGUGUUGGAUCAUUCCUAAUUAGAGAAAGUCCGAGAGAAAGAGGUGUAUAUUCUCUCUCUGUGAGACACAGGACCAUAAAGCACUAUAAAAUAUUCCGUCUGACUAAUAGCUGGUACUACAUCUCCCCACGGCUUACCUUUCAGUGUCUGGAGGACAUGGUCAGUCACUACUCUGACUCAUCGGAUGGUAUAUGUUGUGUUCUCAGUGCUCCGUGUCUGGCUCUGUCCAACCCUGCCCAGAGCACAUCCCAGGAAGCGCCUCCUGUGGUAAUGCGCCGUAACUUGGAUUGGAAGAAAGUGAAUAAGUCACAGCUGAUGAGCCCAAGCGAGCUGGAUAAUGCGGACAGCAAACAUAACAUGAUGAGCUACGGUGUGAGGAGCAGCAUAGCCGCCUAUCUGUCUUUAACAUCAGUACCUGAGCUAGAGAACGCCAAAGGCCGCAAGAAGAAGAGCAAGUCUGUCUACGUGAUGCCUGACCACAGUAAUAUAAAUGAAGAUGAGGACUAUUAGCUCAUGAGUGUAGACUUUUAAUCUUUUUAUUUUAACCAACACAUUGCUAUGGACUGUAAUAUUUUUGCACUGGGUUAAGUGGAUCUUUCACAUACAUGUCCAGGUCACUUUUCUAUGGAAGCCGAAGAGUUUACAUCUCACAAUUCUACGAUU